AUGGCGGAGGCAGAAUUAGAUGUUCCUACAGUUGCAAUUAUUGAUGGAUUUGUAGUAAAUUAUGGCAGUACGUUCACCAUUAAUUGUUCCAUUUCUGGGACACCACCACCAAAUAUAAUUUACUGGGAAAAAGACUGGAAUGGUAUACUUUCUAAGUUAAAAGGAGGUUUAGCAGGAACAAAGGGAAUUACACUAGAUGAACCAUCAUUAACUAUCAACUUUGCAUCUAUGACAGAUUCUGGAAGGUAUACUUGCAUUGCAACAAAUGCAUAUGGUACUGGUAAAAGUAAAGCCGCAAACAUCACAGUGCAUGGAGGACUUCCAGUUAAACACACACCUAGUGCAAACUAUUCGGUCGUUUAUGGUGAUUCAGUAACGAUGGUUUGCAAUGUCACUGCAUUUCCAAAAUUGGAGUACGUUAACUGGCAAGGAAAUAAUAAUGGAAUUUACACAACCUUAAAUAAAGGCGCUGUAGGAACUGAUGGGAUUGCAAUACACAAUCCAUCCUUGACGAUAAAGUCUGUUAGUUUCGCAGACGAAGGUAUUUACCACUGUUUUGCUUCAAAUAUUGCCGGGACAGAAAGAAGCGAUGCAAUGAAUUUGUCAGUAAAUGGAGGAACCCCAUUGGUUACAAUUCCAGUCUCUCGUUAUUUUUCUAAUUAUGGUACAGAAGUAACUAUGGAGUGUGAGGUUACGGCUACUCCACCAGGAUAUAUAAUAUUUUGGGAAAAAAAUGUCAAUGGUAUUAAAACUGUUAUUAAUGCAGAAAGUCCAGGAACAAGAGGAUCUACCAUUAACAAUCCAUCACUGACUAUUUUGAAUGUCACCAUCACAGACUCCGGAAGUUAUUCUUGUUUGGCAAAAAAUAAAGUUGGAACUGGACACAGUCAAUACAUAAGUUUGACUGUACAUGGAGGAGUACCUGUUGCUCGUAUCGGAGCUCCAGCUUACAGUGUCAUAUUUGGAAGCAAGAUCUCUAUUCACUGUGAAGUAACAGCUGAGCCUGAACAUUCUUUAGUGUAUUGGGAAAAGAAAAAUAAUAAUGUCAUAGCUACAAUUAACUCUCUAGCUGUGGGAACAACAGACAUGACUCUAAACGUUCCUUCUCUUACUAUACAGUUUCCAACGUUUUCAGAUCAAGGGACAUACACAUGUUUUUCAGCAAAUGCUAUUGGAAUAGGUCACAGCAGCCCAACAAUACUUGCUGUAACAGGCGGUAGACCUAUUGCCACAAUUGAGAAAAUGAAGUAUAUUGCAAACUAUGGUGAUACCAUAACUCUUCAGUGUAAAGUUACAUCGAUUCCUUCAUAUUCAACUUUAUAUUGGCAAAAGAUUUCUGAAGGAUCUAUAACAAAUAUAACAACUGGUUAUCAAGGAAUCAGUGGUGUAACCUUAAAAAACCCAUCAUUAACGAUAGAGUUUGUAACAACAUUCGAUGCUGGCAUUUAUAAAUGCAUUGCUGAAAAUGCUAUUGGAACGGGGAACAGCACAGAAUGUAGUUUGACAAUAAUUGCUGAUAGACCAGUCAUUGUCAUCGAAAAAGCUCUACACAUAGCAUUCGUUGGUUUUUCUUUAGAAAUAGAAUGUUCUAUUCAAUCCAAACCAAAACAUACAUAUGUGUACUGGACGCAAAAUAGGAAUCUAACCAAUACGAUUAUUAUUCCCGGAACCGUCGGAUUCGAUGGAAUGACUGUUAACAAUCCAAAUUUGUUUAUUCCUAAAGUGGACAUAUUUAUGGGCGGGGAAUAUAUAUGUCUUGCAACCAACGAAGUAGGAACAGGACAAAGUAAAGCAACUACCCUAAUAGUGAAAUAUGCAAACGACGAAUUAGACGUGUCCACUACCAACUAUGAAACCAACAAACAUGAAGGCACUACUGCACCUGAGAUUUCUCAGUCGCCCCUUCCUGAGGAAAUAUCAAGACAUGAAACAAGUUCAAGCGAUAAUCAAUUCUCGGAUGAUGUAACCAAAAUGAAGAAUGAUAUUACACCUGAAGGCAUGUAUGUAACAGAAACAGUAGGCGUGGACAGAACAGACAACAUUUCAGAUACUUUUAUGAAAAAGGCAGGCAAUGACAGUGGAAAUAAUUCUGGCAAAGUGUUCCAGUGUUCAAUUUGA